AUGCAAGAGAAGGAAGGAAGAGGAGAGCAGCAGGAGGUGAACAGAGCUUAUCCAUGGCCCGCCACGACCCCUCAUGGGCCCGCCACGACCCUCAUGGCCCGCCACGACCCUCAUCGUGCCCGCCACGACCCCUCAUGUGGCCCGCCACGACCCCUCAUGGCCCGCCACGACCCCCAUGGCCCCUGUGGCACGACCCCCAUGGCCCGCCACGACCCCUCAUGGCCCGCCACGACCCCUCAUGGCCCGCCACGACCCCUCAUGGCCCGCCACGACCCCUCAUGGCCCGCCACGACCCCUCAUGGCCCCCCACGACCCCUCAUUGCCCGCCACGACCCCUCAUGGCCCGCCACGACUCUCAUGGCCCGCCAUGACCCCCAUGGCCCGCCACGACCCCCAUGGCCCGCCAGGACCCCCAUGGCCCGCCACGACCCCCAUGGCCCGCCACGACCCCCAUGGCCCGCCAUGACCCCCAUGGCCCGCCACGACCCCCAUGGCCCGCCACGACCCCCAUGGCCCGCCACGACCCCUCAUGGCCCGCCACGCCCUCAUGCCCGCUACGACCCCUCAUGGCCCGCCACGAUCCCUCAUGGCCCGCUACGACCCCUCAUGGCCCGCCACGACCCCUCAUGGCCCGCCACGACCCUCAUGGCCCGCCACGACCCUCAUGGCCCGCCACGACCCUCAUGGCCCGCCACGACCCUCAUGGCCCGCCACGACCCCAGGGAAGGGGUCGCAUGCUUCCAGUCAUGCCUUCUCUGA